CUGAGCAGGAUCUUGUGUCAAAACAGAAGGUGGUAGCCUAGCAAGGUAGCACGGCAGGUCAUUUUUAUUUGUCUGGCAGUAUUUUGUCGACAGAUCUUUUCUUUUUUUGUUGAAGCCUACGUACCAUGACUGAACAAUCAGCAUUACUUCUUCGAAAGCAAUUGGCAGUAAAUACCCAUACGUUUCUUCAUCUUGGAGAGCUUAAUAAAAACCCUGUGGAGGGCUUUUCAGCGGGCCUAAUAGAUGAUGAUGAUAUAUACAAAUGGGAGGUUGUCAUCAUCGGGCCACAAGACACUCUCUUUGAAGGAGGGUUUUUUAAAGCGUACCUGACCUUUCCCUAUGAUUAUCCACUACGGCCUCCCAAGAUGAAAUUCAUCACUGAAAUCUGGCAUCCAAAUGUUGCAAAGAAUGGCGAAGUAUGUAUCUCAAUUCUGCACGAGCCCGGCGAGGACAAGUUUGGUUAUGAAAAGCCGGAGGAACGUUGGCUUCCAAUCCACACUGUAGAGACUAUUAUGAUAAGUGUUAUCUCCAUGUUGGCUGACCCAAACAGUGAUUCGCCUGCUAAUGUGGAUGCUGCGAAAGAGUGGAGGGAGGAUCCUAAUGGUGAAUUCAAGAGGAAGGUGGCUCGUUGUGUACGGAAAAGCCAGGAGAUGGCAUUUGAUUAGAACCAGGCUAACAGAAAUGGAUUCAGAAGGAAAAUAGUCAGUUUAUCUAAAGGCUUUUGCACCCCUUCUUUUGCCAAAUUAAGGGAUAUGGUCGACCAGACACUUUUUGCCCACCCCCGAAAGGUUGUUGUUUUUUGUAGGAAGAAUGAAUGUGAGAAACCAGCGACAAUUUCCCUACAUUUCCUAUUUGGAAUUGUAUAUUUAAUUUUAUUUAUUGUGAAAAUAUAAUGAUGUAAGAUAUGUCACUACUGUAAAUGAACUUGCUUUUUUUACCUGCUGCUGAACAGUUUCUACUUUAUAUCAGGUUUCUUAUGCAAUUUAUUGUGAUUGAAGGAAUUUAACACACAUGAAAGCCAGAGUUUAUUAGGUUCUCACAAGUGUCCCAUCCUUCACCUCUACAUAAUGUCAGCCUGCAAAACCGUGUCAAACAGGAUUUUGUUGUUCAACACUGUAAUUUGAUCACUGCUGCCUUAUGUUAGUUAUUUUUCCUCAUGGGGGUUCCCUUCCCAGGGGGUUUGAGUAUGCUUUUUGACUUGAUCCUCUUCCCAGAUAAUCCCAAUGUCUGUUACCAAUCACAUCACAGUCAAGUUGGAGGUAUUACUCUAUUAUAGUGAAAUCUUUCCCAAACCAACCAAAAAGUUGUAAGCUAAGAAGUAAGAAUAAGCUGUGAUUAUACAAUGGAUAUACCGGUUUGCUGGCAUCUUACCUCAACUUAAAUAAUUACACGUGGUUGUUAAUUUGUUCUUAGUCUAGUGGUAUGGAUAUUAAAGUUGUCCCAAGGAGUUUUUUUCUGGGUAAUGAGUGACACAUUUGUUUCUGUGGUCCUGGAGGGACAAAACAAAAGCAUUUUGACCUUUCAGGACCUGAGUGGAAAGGCCCUGGUGUACAGUAAUAUAAUCUGACCAUGUACAACUACAUCUACACCUAUAUUUAUAUUCUGACUUCUCUAUUCAGGUGAUAAUGAGCCUCAAACCAAGGCUAGCUCAUUUUCAGUCAAAGAAUUAGCUUCUUGUGGACAACAUAUCUUUCUUUAAGGACUAACAAAAGUCUGAUAACUACCAUCUGUUUACCCUUGGUGAAACCAGGUGGUGAAUUACUGGGAGGCAUGGAAUUGCACUACUAGUUGGAAAGUUGUAUAGUAUGCAGAAGCUGUCUGUUAUGAUAUUGGAUGUUACUGGUGGAUUGUUGGUAUAUAGUAUUUAAAAUUCUAAUAAAUCUUGUAUUGACUCAUGUUAUUCUGAAAAAAUUAAAAUGGAAAGAAUUCUGA